AUGUUCCGCUUCGUCACGGAAACAUUUGCUGGAGCAAAAGAAGUACUGGAAGACGAAAGUUUCGAUAUUGCUGCGGUAGUGAUAGCUGUUUCUGUUGAAGUUUUUCUGGUUGCUGAACUGGAUGCAGCGGCACUCGACGUAGUUGUCGUUUUGCUGGAAUGUAAGGAAAACGAGGUACUGCCGGUCCCACGGAACGUUUUGGGUGUCGGAAUCGCACCGUUAUCAGCUUUUGCAAACUGA